AUGAAAAUAAAAUUAAACAUGGAACAAGAUCCUAGCAAUGGAAGAAGAACGAAUGGUGGUGGUGGUGGUGGUGGAGAGAUCAAAUACCGAGGCGUACGGAGGCGCCCGUGGGGGAAAUUUGCAGCAGAGAUACGUGACUCAGCGCGACAAGGGGCACGUGUAUGGCUAGGGACAUUCAAUACUGCGGAAGAAGCAGCAAGAGCUUAUGAUAGGGCGGCUUAUUCAAUGAGGGGACAUUUGGCUAUACUUAAUUUUCCUGAGGAGUAUAAUUUACCUAAUAGCUCUUCACAUUUUUAUAGUGCUGGUUCUUAUUCUUCAUCAUCAAUGGCUUCAUCAUCGUCGUCGUCGUCAAGGCAAGUUCUUGAAUUUGAAUACUUGGAUGAUAAGUUGUUGGAGGAACUUCUUGAUUGUGAUGAAGAGCCAAACAAGAGGAAAUAAAGAUCAUUUCAAAUGUGGCGGAGGCAUGCAAGAAGCUUUUC